AUGUCUUCCACAGGUUCGCGCUUUCACACUUCGUUUGCUUGGGGAUUCCUUGCAAUAAUCACCGUUCUCGUCGGACUCUACGCUAAAGUGGCCUUUGUCAAUACAGAAUCUCACAAAUCCUUGGGCCAGCACAAUGCGGAGCAUUUUGACAAUGUCGCGUCGUCGGCCUACGAGGUAGAAUGGGUUCGGAAAUUGGCCAAGCAGAUUACGGCCUUCCUUCAAGAGAACACAGAAUGGCUCGGCGUUCCAGCUGAGUCCGGUGACUGUGAGCUGAAGCUACUUGACUACGCCUGUGGCAACGGCAUCUACUCUAAGGUGCUUGCACCAUAUGUCACCAAGCUACGGGGUAUCGACAUCUCCGGUAGGAUGAUCGAGGAAUACAACGCCACUGCUCAGAGCGUUGGCCUGUCACCAGAGCAGAUGCGAGGCGUCCAAGGUGAUCUACUUGAUGACGAAUCUGCAGCCAAGCUGCAGGAUCCAGAGUUCUUCGGAUUCGAUAUUGUGAUAAUGAGCAUGGCGCUGCAUCAUGUCGAAGAUACCGGCAAGAUGAUUCGGAAGUUCGCAGAAAGACUCGCGCCCGGCGGCACAGUCCUGAUUAUUGACUGGGUCACCCCUUCGGAAAGCGGGUGCAGGUCGAUGCCGCUUCACGGCCGCGAGAAGAUUCCCAUGCGCCAUACGAUUGCCCACAUGGGGUUCACGAAGCAAGAAAUGUUGGACAUGCUCAGCCACGCUGGCCUAGUCGAUGGCGAGGUGAAGUGGCUGAAUGAGCGAUCAGAGAUGCCGGAGGACUUUGGGGGCCCUCAACAGUUGUUCUUUGCUCGAGCUAAGAAGCCGAGUGCUUAG